CCUUCCAGCCCGUCGUCAAAUCGUCCAUCGGAUCUCCAUGAUUGAUCGUUCGGCGCACACCAACAUGCCCAAGCACAUUCGCACUGCCCGCUGACCCGAUUGAUUGCUUUGCGCCAUCUGCUCCACGCUCUCCACAACCCUGCACCCGGCAAUCAAAUGAUGCGGCACCGAUUGAUUCAUGGAUUGCCUGUCUGUGUCCGCAAAUGGUCUCUCGGUAUCAACCGAUGAACCAAUCGAUCGAACUGCGCCUAUAUCUUUCGCCGUCACUUACAAAGAUCAAAAUCGAAGAAAAUACCGAUGCGAACUCGUCCGGCCAACUCUUGGAUUACUGCUUUGAUGGCAAGCUUGACUUUUUCCGUCUCCAAAUCGGGUCUGUCAGCUUGCUGAGGAGAUGCCAUGACAAUGCUGUUUCGGCUGCAGCAAUGUUUCAGAUUAUCCCAAGACAUCUCCUCUCUCUCGAGUACAUAUCUUUGAUCCAAGCACGCCAUAACAGGGACUAUUCCAGCCUCGAUCACGAGCAUCCUCGGGACACUGCUCCUAUCUGGAUUCCUCUGGACGUGGCCCGAGAACUGGCUGUGGAGUGCCAAAUCGACCAUCGCAUCGCCCCGCUGUUGCAUGACUUUCCUCGCUUGGCGUCAACCAAAGCCAUCACUAUCGACAGAUUUGCCGAUGAGGUGGCAUGCAUUGCUGCCCUCACAGAGAUUUGCAAGCAGCUCCGCUCGUCCUCCCCCUCGAUCAAACUGAUGCGCGUUGCCAAAAAGUCCCUCGUUCGCACAAGGAUCGACAACAAGGACUAUGCGAUCCUCCCGCUCUUUCACGAGAUCUACGGCGGCUGGCUUGUCGCCCGCAGACUCUCCGACGGCUGCGUCAACAUCCAUCAUUUGAUGCGUCUCGUUGGCUAUCCCUUUCUGCCGUGCCACAAGUACUUUACCGUCGGCGCGUCCAAGAAGAACGUCCGGACGGGGAGCUGGUUUCCACCGACACAUGCCAUCGAACUCGCAAGCAUUUUUGGGCUCUUCGACAUUAUUGUGGACCUCGUCAAGCUGCGGCAGAGUGCCUUCGAAACACUUCCGGAGAUCGAGAGCAUCCUGGACUGGGGAGACCUGUUCCACAGCUGCGAGGGGUCCGAAGUCGCCACCUUUGUCGAAAUGAUCGACGAGCCUCCUCCGGCCUUGGACAGCUCCGAUGUCUAUAUGAACAGAUACUCAAACACCUUCGUGAUCGACCCCACGCGCACCGAUCCUCCGAUUUCCUGUCCCGGAGUCUGGUACUGCAACUACGAUAGCAGUGGAAGAAAGCAAAAAACCGUCAUUCUGUUCCACAUCAACAACGUCGCCAUCAUCCGCAAACUGGCCGAUGGUCUGUUUCUGGCUGAGCGGAUCAUGGAAGCCGCCGGCAUCGGCGUUAUCGAGAGAAGGCAGCGGGCAAUACAGCUGCGCAAAGUGCGGCCGAAUGAUGCCAAGGCGGGCAUGCACAUCGAACUCCGCUUUCUCUCCGGAACAUGGGUCACCAAGGAGCUGGCCUACUCUCUGGCGAUCGAGUACGGGUUGGAGUCGGCCAUGCAGCCAAUCUUCGAGUUUGAUCCAACCAUCCACCGGGCGCCCGUGUGCCAUGCCGAAGGAAGGAUCUUGGCACCGGCGCUGGCCGAGCUCGACGUCGUAUGGCGGCCGCUGAACUUUUUGCUGUUGCCGACGGAGUUUCUGCGUUUUGGUCCCAUCUCUGGCGAUGUCUGUGCCUAUCCAGAGCCGCACAUCACCGUGAUCUCACUUCCUCGAUCUCUGCGAAGCCGAACGGGCCCGGAGGACUGCCGGCCUCUGGUGGUGACGCUCGACAGGAAGCUGGAGCGAUGGAAGAUCCAACAUGGCAGCUGGCAAGUAACAAGCGAGAGCUUCAAGGCACCGCUCUCGUUGCGAAUGGCAAACGAACAGCAGGACAUCCAGCCAGAUCCGACGGCAGAACAGCCCCCAGUCGACUUGCCCACCUCAGACUUUGUCGACUUUCUCCACAGCCAGGCCUCGCAAAAGUACGGCCGGUACGAGCUUGAUGCACCCGACGUGCCCAGCAUGUUCGAGACCCUGGAUGAGACCGCGCUCGUGGGGCUCGGAAUCCUGCUGCAAGAAGUGAUUCGGGACCAGCUGCCCGAGACCCUUGCCGUGUCGAACUGAACUUGUCUGCUGGUGGGCCUUGGACGAGUGAAUGUCGUUUGCUCACGGAGAUAGCCAAAUGCUGCUCGGAGUCCGCAACCGCCUGCAAUAUUACUGUCGAAUUACUGUCGAACGCAUACACCCAUCCGCCGCCCUCGGGACAAUACAUUGUACUUCUCCGCA